UGGGAGGGGAGUGGGGGCUGGUGGUUAGAGCAGGGGGGGCUGGGAGCCAGGACUCCUGGGUUCUCUCCCUGCGCCAUUAGCAGCAAAGCCCCAUUGUUCCUGCAUGGCAGACACGCUGCGCCCGCCCCGGGCUUCCCACCCGACCCCAGUCCCUCGGCCCCGCUCCCGAGCCCCCCGCGAAGCCGGUGCCCCCGGCGGGCAGGCGGGCGCGGGUGAGGCGUGUGCACCCGCGUGUGUCUCUCUCGUGCGCUCUGUGGUUUUCUUUCCCUCGCACACUGAGAGUUUUGCGGUAGCUUCUCGGUGCUCAGCAGCCUCGGGGGCUGGGGCGCCGAAAACCCCGACCGAGAAGCUGGUGUUAUUUUCGAGCAAAGAAAAACCCCCCACAAAGGGCACGCGGGGCACGUCGCCCUGGCGCUCCGUUUCCACUGAGUCACCGGCAAGUCGCACCCUCGGGGAGCGCGGCCGCCCCACGGCGCCCUAUAAAUCCCCGCCCGGGGGGCGGAUUUCGCACUGCUCCCCUGCCAGCCGGGAUGCCGAGGAGCGCCGAGCGCUUGCGUCAGGCCCCGAUGCCCAGCCCCACGGCAUCCCGAGUGCCCCAUGGCAACAGCCCCGCUGGCCCGACUGGCGGGGCCCAGACCCGCCCCACGGUGCUCACCCACGGAACCAGCGCCCCCGCCAGGAAGCAGCAGGUGCCACCGUACCCCCUGGCGAUGGGGGACCCCCAAACCACCCCCCACCUCCAGGCCCUGCUCCAGGACACCCAGCGCCAGGCACUGCUCAUCCAACAGAUGUCUCCGGAGCCCGGCGCCCGCCCCUCCAGCCUGCACCUCCAGCCCCCCGGCGUGCUGGUGCUGAGGUCCCACCACGGCUUGACACACGGGAUUAACAUCACGGGCAUGGAGUGGAUUCCGAGGGAGCCGCCUGCCCCCCGCUCGCCAGACCGGUCCCCCCCACAGCGCUGCCCCAGCCCCGGGGACCACAGCGGGCAGCCUGAGAGACGCCCCCGGCAGGACCCGCUCUGGGCACAGGACAGGGCAGCCCAGUGCCGGCGGCAGAGGGAGCUGGUCGAGCACCUGGAGGAGCAGCUGGAGCGGGAGCGGCGGCGCCUGGGGGCCAUGCAGGCCCAGCUGGCCACGACGGAGGCCACGGACCGAGCCCUUGACCCAGCAAUGUCAGCGAAGGGCCAGCGCUGCGCCUCCCAACCCCCCACCCCCUCCGGCUGGGCCCGGUCUGGAGCCGCCCUCCCCGCCCAGAAGGGGGCGCUGCAGCCGCCACUGACCCCCCAGGCCCACCCCUAUGUCAGCCACGGCGCCGGCAUCUGCUCAGACCUGGGCCCCACCUUGGAGUUUUAUCGGUUCAGCAGGGCCCGGCCGCCCUUUACCUACGCGAUGCUGAUCCGCUGGGCCAUUCUGGGAUCCCCCCACCGGCAGCUGACGCUGAACGAGAUUUAUCAAUGGUUCAGCCGCAUGUUCGGCUACUUCCGCCACAACACGGCCACCUGGAAGAACGCCGUGCGGCACAAUCUGAGCCUGCACAAGUGCUUCGUGCGAGUGGAGCACGUGAAAGGCGCCGUGUGGACCGUGGACGAGGCCGAGUUCCAGAAGAAGCGGAACCAGCGACCACCCCCGUACCUGGAGCUGAAGCACCUGCUGCCCCCCCUGCCCUUCGCGCCCCCCACCCGCCCCAGCCGAUGAGACACCCCCAGGGGCUGAGCCCCCCACCACUGGACACAGGAGCUGUCUGCAAAACCCGGGACUUUAUUGGCCUCAUUCCAGCAGGGGAAUUGGGGGGGGGGGGACGCUGCACCCCAGCCACAGCCGCCUUGGCACCAGGCUGGGGGGAAAUAAAGGGAGCAAAAUCCA